CCUCACCUCUGCGGCAUCGCGUGCGAUUAGCAAAAGGAAUGAUCUACUUACUAUGCUUCCAUCUGCAUUUUUUUCAAUAGCCUGCAGCGCGUGCUGAGGGUCUCCUUUCUGAUGUUAUAACUAGCAGCCACAGUCUGCAGCAAGAUCGAGCGAUUUCAUAACCGUUCCACCCUCCACAUCUUCAUGGACUCCAAUCCAGACACAAGCAGCGACGCUGCUGGAGAGCGUGUCAAUUUGGAUAGGGGAAAAAAAGUCUCACCCGAAGUCAUGAAGGAAUAUGCAGAAGAACAACGAAAGCGACGCGCCACCAUCAUCCUUGACAACUACCAGCUCCUAAUGAGAUACGCCCUCGAAAACCAGAAGUCCAUUCCUCAAACCAGAAUCUAUUUUCAGAGAGUCGCGGUGGGGGAACACCCAGCCCCGAUCAUCCGGAAUUGGUUUCCAGUGUCUCGAUGAUUGGCAGGUGAAUAGGUCACCGGUGUGAUCGUUUCUUCUGAUAAAGUGCAAAUAGAAUUAAUCUAGAAGAAGCUCAGCACCUCAAAGUUGAAGGUAGAAUGAGAGUGCGACCAGGGGAGCACUAUUGAUUCUCAUCGUCUAUAUCUCGUACCUCACAAGGCUGGUGUCCCAAAACAAGGCUGAG